AUGCCACUCUCACAGUGGAUCUACGGCAAUCACGAGAACGGCUCAUGGGCAGGCCCUCAUAAUGUUCCUCCUUCCCAAAGCCCCAAAUCUCGACCUCCGCGAAGUCUACGAGACAAGGUACCUUUUCAUGGCACCCUUCCAAAGUACUCUGGCCCAUAUGGCGUCGGAUUCAUGGACAUCGAGAUUCCUGCAACCUCACCUCGCCCUUUCUCCCAUAUUACACGCCACGGUCGGCAUAUACUGCAGCUUGAGACAGUCCUCGUCUCCCUCUACUACCCCUCGGCCAUAGGGUCCGGCAAUGGCAAAGACCCUGGAGGCCACAAGCACUGGUCAAGAGAAGUUUGGCUACCUCAUCCAAGGUCAGAAAUGUCAAAAGGGUACGCUGCUUUUGCUGGAUUACCGCAAUGGUUGACAAUAAUGUGGUUUUUCGUGACUACAUGGUUCACGAAGUUACCGGCGUUCAGAAAUGCAAAGCUUGCGAACCACUGGCCGCCAGAGAAGAAUGCCACUGAGGGCGGUUUCAAAGUCAAGAACGAGAAGGGCGAGCACCCCAAAGGCCAGCCAGAGGAGCCGAUAUUUCCACUGGUCUUGUUCAGUCACGGUAUGGGUGGCUCAAGGACGGCAUACAGUAGCGUUUGUGGAGAAUUUGCUAGCUAUGGAUUCGUCGUCUGCGCGGUGGAGCACAGAGAUGGUAGUGGAGCACGAACGUUUAUCAAUCAUCCAUCAGAAGGGAAAGGCAGUCGGAAAGAAAGGGAGACCAAUGGUCAUGUUGAUCACUGGGAGAAAGAGACGAAGCGCCACUGGGACGUUGUCGAUUUCAUAUUUCCAAAACAAAAUCCAAUGGAUACUAGGCCAAGCAAUGAACAGGGCGUAGACAAGGAACUUCGGUCUGCCCAAAUUGAGAUGCGUCUCGUUGAGAUCGAAGAGUCAUACGACAUUGUCAAGGCUAUUGUUGCGGGCAAAGGGUCCACGGUUGCCGAGCGAAAUCUACGAAACGCUGAUGGAAUUGGGGCAUCGUCUCGUGGGCUCGACGGUGUAGACUGGGACUCUUGGAAGGGGAAGGUUAACAUCGCCCAGGUCACCAUGAUUGGCCAUUCUUUUGGAGCUGCCACGACUGUCGAGGUCCUCCGCCAUGCUGAUCGCUUUCAAUGGGUUGGUCAAGGGAUCAUGUAUGACAUAUGGGGUAUUGCUCUUACUCCGCCAGAGUCAGAGCCGAGACAUCGCAUCAACGCCCCGCUUCUUGGAAUAAACUCAGAAGCAUUCAUGUACUGGAGCGACAAUUUCAGCGCUGCUACUCGUGUCUGUGAUGAGGCCAAGAUGCAUGGGUCUUUAGCCUGGCUUUUGACCGUCCGUGGUACUGUCCACAUCUCCCAGACGGAUUUCGCUAUUCUCUACCCACAUAUCGCGUCAAUGGUUUUGAAACAGACGAUCAACCCUCGUCGAGCUAUCGAUGUAAACAUCAAUGCUUCCCUUGAAUUCUUAGACCAUGUCAUGCCUACCCCUGUCGCACCAUUUCAUCGUUGUCUCGAAAACGAGAAGCUGCUUGAAUUACCCUGCGUCGACGAGCUACCUACCGAACACAGGCCUGAUGAGAAAUGGAUGGCGGUCCGCUUAAAAUUACCUCAUGAGGUUCGGGCUCGAGUUUCCCCCAAAUUACGGCGAAGAUUGAAGAGAUAUGGAGGGUUAGAUGGAGAAAAGGAGGUCUGGAUGCAUAUGGCACCGGGUAUAGAGGAUCUACAGUGCAAGGCAGGCAGAGGCUGUGCACCCAAGCAGAAAGGAGGAGGCGCGGAUGAGGUUGGAAAGAUUACAGACGUAGCUGCUACAGGGGAUGAAGCGCUCAAAGGCUUUGUUGCGGCUAGUAUUCUUGAAGAAUGA